UUAUACGAGCAAGUGAUGGCUAGAAUUUGUUCUACCGCGAGCCUGGCUAUCCCCGCGUUUUCUUACUCCCGAGAUCCGGGGUAGGCCGUGUGCUCAGUCAUCGCUGACAUGAUCACUGCGGGGUGGGCUGUAGCCAAACCGCAGAUUCUUUACGGGCGAGAUGUUAGUCAGGGUGAGAUGGAGCCGUCUUUCACUGAUUUUGCUGAUCCAAUGCUACUUCUGUUCUUCCUCAUUCUUCCUGCAUAGGCCAUAUUCGCUCUUGCCGUCCGUAAUUCGCACCCGGCGUUCUCCGUUUCGAGCGAGACACAGAAAAAGAGAAGAAUAUACCGUUCGUAUACUCGAGGGCAAGUUCUGCGGUUUUUGCCAACUACUUAUUCGCUACUCUAAAAAGGGAGCAGGAGAUUUGAUGAUUAUACUCUGGACAGUUGUAAACUGAAUAGUAUUUUAUUCGCAAAAGGAA